AUGUCAAACUCUUUGGAUCAAGUUGAUCAGGUCAAAAUGAUCAAUGAUGACCCUCCACAACACCAACAGCUCCCAUGGGACCAUUCAUCCUCUCAUCAUCGUCACCAACACCACGAUAACCAUCAUCCUCUCCUUUAUAAAGAAAUGUCAUUACCAUCGAUCACAACAACAACCACCACUACUCCCACUACUACUGCAAUCACAACAACAACAACCACGAGUACAACAACCAAUGAACAAUCUUCUCCAUCAUCCAAUCUCCAUCAUUUGGAUCUCAUGAAUUCAACUCUUCAACAUUGUGUCAAGGAAAUUCAAUUGACUCAUGUCAAUACCAUUCUUUUCUUUGAAAAUGAAAUUCAAAAAUUAAAAGAUGAAAAUGAAAUGUUAAAGAAACAAUUAUUGCAUACCAAUCAAAUAUUAAAUAAUAGUAGCAAUAUGGAUGAUUUUGAUAACAUUUUAUUAUUGAUACAAAAAUUGUCACAUGAUAUUGAGAAACAAAAAGAAUAUUUUAUUAACAUGUUGAAAGCAAAGAAUCAACUCAUUGAAGAAUUACAAAAUAGAUUAUCGGAACAAGUCAAUACACCAACAUUAUCACUUCUACCAUCAACAACAAGUAGUGGUAAUAGUAGUACUGAUCUGACAACAACUUGUCAUUCACAAUCAUCAUCAUCAUUGGUAACAACCUCAACAUCCCCUCAUGAUGAUGAUGAUGAUGUGUCGACACACACGAAUGAUCGUACAAAUAUGAUGAUCAUCAUGGAUCCACAUGAACCUCCCAAGAGUUCUUCCAUGAUGAUGCAAAAGGAAAGUGUUGUUGCUGACCUAUCUUGUAAAUCAUCAUCAUCAUCAUUGACAACAACAACAACAACUGCUCCUGAUACUAAUACUACUACUACUCUUGCAACUAGUUCAUCGAGUAGUAGUAGUAAUAGUAGUAGUAGUAGUAGUAGUACUAUUACUGGUUCCAUCACCAACAACAUCAACACCACAAAUUCUCAAACCACCACCACCACCACCACCACCACCACCACUCCACGCAGUAAAUCAAAACAUUUCUCAUCUCUGAUCCAUACCAAUCAAUCUUCAAUGAUGAUGAAUCGAAGUAAUAGUAGUAAUAGUACUCCACGUGUCAUGAUGCAUUCAUCAUCAUUAACCAACACUCCUACUACUAGUAAUACUCCUACUACUACUACUACUACUAUGAAUUAUCAAAAUAUUACUGAUGUAGAAAUUGCUGGAAUUUAUGAAAGUGAUUUUAGAGAUGCAGAAAAUGAAUUACAGAAAUGGAUUGAAUCCAUCACUAAAAUACCAUUCAAUCCUUCCAUUUCUUUUUAUCAAAAUUUAAAGAAUGGUAUUAUAUUGUGUAUUCUCAUGGAUAUAUUAUUUCAUGUGAAAGUAUUAUCUUCAGAGGUGGUCACGACAACAACAAGUGGUGGUGGUCAUGUUGGUGGUCGUGUUGGUGGCAUUGGUAACAAUGAGAGUAGCACGACGACAAGUGGUGGUGUUGGUGGUGGUUCUGGUGCUACUUCUACUACUGCUUCUACUACUACUACUGGUCAUAAUAAUAACACCACCACCAACAGUAUGACCACCACCACCACCACCACUUGUACGACAUUCACAAGACAACAACCUUCUAAAUCUCUCUGGAAAGAAUCCAAUAAUAUCGAACAAUUUUUAAAAGCAUGUAAAACACAUUUGAAUAUCAGAGAAGAAUCACUCUUCACUUAUCAUGAUUUGAAAGAUGAGAAACAAAAAGCACUCAUUAUUGGAUGUUUAUAUCAAAUUAGAAAGAAAGCUAAUUCACAACAACAAUUAAUCUUUUCACAACAAACACACACUCGUUGA